AUGGAACUUUUUUAUUUGUUAGGUACGUUUGAUCCAAAUGCCUUAGGCUUUGGAAUGAGCAGCGGAUCUGGAAGUGGAUCGGCUAGUGGUGGAUCUUCUGGGGGAUUCGGAGGAAGUGGUUUUGGACAGAGCAGCGGAUCUGGAAGUGGUGGAUCUUCUGGAGGAUUCGGAGGAAGUGGCUUUGGACAGAGCAGCGGAUCUGGAAGUGGUGGAUCUUCUGGAGGAUUCGGAGGAAGUGGUUUUGGACAAAGCAGCGGAUCUGGAAGUGGUGGAUCUUCUGGAGGAUUCGGAGGAAGUGGUUUUGGACAGAGCAGCGGAUCUGGAAGUGGAUCGGGAAGUGGUGGAUCUUCUGGAGGAUUCGGAGGAAGUGGCUUUGGACAGAGCAGCGAAUCUGGAAGUGGCGGAUCUUCUGGAGGAUUCGGAGGAAGUGGCUUUGGACAGAGCAGCGGAUCUGGAAGUGGUGGAUCUUCUGGAGGAUUUGGAGGAAGUGGCUUUGGACAGAGCAGCGGAUCUGAAAGUGGUGGAUCUUCUGGAGGUUUCGGAGGAAGUGGUUUUGGACAGAGCAGCGGAUCUGGAAGUGGCGGAUCUUCUGGAGGAUUCGGAGGAAGUGGCUUUGGACAGAGCAGCGGAUCUGGAAGUGGCGGAUCUUCUGGAGGAUUCGGAGGAAGUGGCUUUGGACAGAGCAGCGGGUCUGGAAGUGGUGGAUCUUCUGGAGGAUUUGGAGGAAGUGGCUUUGGACAGAGUAGCGGAUCUGAAAGUGGUGGAUCUUCUGGAGGAUUUGGAGGAAGUGGCUUUGGACAGAGUAGCGGAUCUAAAAGUGGUGGAUCUUCUGGAGGUUUCGGAGGAAGUGGUUUUGGACAGAGCAGCGGAUCUGGAAGUGGAUCGGGAAGUGGUGGAUCUUCUGGAGGAUUCGGAGGAAGUGGUUUUGGACAGAGCAGCGGAUCUGGAAGUGGAUCGGGAAGUGGUGGAUCUUCUGGAGGAUUCGGAGGAAGUGGUUUUGGACAGAGCAGCGGAUCUGGAAGUGGAUCUUCUGGGGGGUUCGGAGGAAGUGGUUUUGGACAGAGCAGCGGAUCUGGAAGUGGAUCCGGAAGUGGUGGAUCUUCUGGAGGAUUCGGAGGAAGUGGUUUUGGACAGAGCAGCGGAUCUGGAAGUGGUGGAUCUUCUGGAGGAUUCGGAGGAAGUGGUUUUGGACAGAGCAGCGGAUCUGGAAGUGGUGGAUCUUCUGGAGGAUUCGGAGGAAGUGGUUUUGGACAGAGCAGCGGGUCUGGAAGUGGAUCUAGUAGCGGAGGGUCUUCUGGGGGAUUUGGAAGUGGAUCGGGUAGUGGAGGAUCUUCUGGGGGAUUUGGAAGUGGUUCUGGUUUUGGAAGCGGAUCGGGCAGUGGAGGAUCUUCUGGGGGAUUUGGAAGUGGAUCGGGCAGUGAAGGAUCUUCUGGGGGAUUUGGAAGUGGUUCUGGUUUUGGAAGUGAAUCGGGCAGUGGAGGAUCUUCUGGGGGAUUUGGAAGUGGAUCGGGCAGUGGAGGAUCUUCUGGGGGAUUUGGAAGUGGUUCUGGCUUUGGCAGUAGUUCUUCGUCAAGCAGUAGUAGUUCAUCAAGCAGCAGUAGCAGCAGCAGUUCUGGUACAUUUGAUCCGAAUGCAAUCAAUGCUAACUUCGGAAGUUUUGGUGGAAAAUAAAGA